AGAAUAGUGUAGAGGCUGGACUACAUAUAAACAUAUAUGUAGGACUGUGCAGGCUGGGCUGGGGAGACAGUAGUCCAGGGAGAGGCUGUGGAAAAGGCAAAUCUAGAGUCACUGGGUAUAGGUGAGGCUUCACACAGAAUCCCGGGGCCUCUGUGGGAGCCUAUCUGCCUCCCUGCAAGAGGUCUCGAGGAUUCAGUUGAACAGAAACAGGCUCCAUGGUUAGGAAAGGUGAGGUCACAAACUAAACAAAGCCAUUUAGUUUGCAGGUCUUAACUGACCUUAUCUUGAUUCUAGAAUCUGGUGGACGUGGCCGAAGAGGUUGGCUUUAGAGACAGAGAAGGGAAGCAGGGGGGUGGGGAUGGGAACAGAACAAAGUAGGACCUCCAGACUUCAAAAUUACCUGCCUUGUAAAGUGGACACAGGGAGAUAGAAAAUAGAAGACUAGUCAUCGUUAGCUCCAGGUGAUGUCACAUGACUCAGGGCAGAGAGCACUUCACUAUCAUGGCAACAGAAACUAGCCUGGCUGGGAAUGUGGUCCUUCUCUUCCCCCAGUUUCUCAGAAGAAGUUCUAUUUAACAGUGGAUCCAGGCAGUUCCUUCCUGCGCUUGCUGGGUCAGCCAGGAGCAGAUACUCCACCAAGUCUACAGGUUUAUCCGCUCGUUCCUCCCAACUCUUCAGUUUACCAUCUCUGUGACUUGGACCAUUACGCACCCUGCCUCCUGUAAAAUGGAGUUUCCUGUAGCUACUGCCAGGCUGGGUGAAGGUUCAAUGAACUAACCAAGGAACUACCUCUUCAGACUCAGCCUUGCCAAUGUUUCCCUUCUUCAGGCUACAGAGUGGGCCUCCAGUGAGGACACACGUCGCUCCUGCCAGAGCAAAGGGAAGACGGAGGAGGAGUGUCAGAACUACGUGCGAGUCCUGAUUGUUUCCGGUCGGAAGGUGUUCAUGUGCGGCACCAAUGCCUUUUCCCCAGUGUGCUCCAGCAGACAGGUGGAGAACCUCAGCCGGACUAUCGAGAAGAUCAAUGGCGUGGCCCGAUGCCCCUAUGACCCACGACACAACUCUACGGCCGUCAUCUCCUCCCAGGGGGAGCUCUAUGCCGCUACUGUCAUUGACUUCUCAGGUCGGGACCCAGCCAUCUACCGCAGCCUGGGCAAUGGGCCCCCGCUUCGCACGGCCCAGUAUAACUCCAAAUGGCUCAAUGAGCCAAAUUUUGUGGCAUCCUUCGACAUUGGGCUGUUUGUGUAUUUCUUCCUCCGGGAGAAUGCAGUGGAGCAUGACUGUGGACGCACUGUGUACUCUCGGGUGGCUCGAGUGUGCAAGAAUGAUGUGGGGGGCCGUUUCCUGCUGGAGGACACAUGGACCACGUUCAUGAAGGCCCGGCUCAACUGCUCCCGCCCAGGAGAGGUCCCCUUCUACUAUAACGAGCUACAGAGUGCCUUCCACCUGCCCGAGCAGGACCUCAUCUAUGGCGUCUUCACCACCAACGUAAACAGCAUCGCCGCGUCCGCCGUCUGCGCCUUCAACCUCAGUGCCAUCUCCAGGGCUUUCAACGGCCCGUUUCGUUACCAGGAGAACCCCAGGGCUGCCUGGCUCCCUAUUGCCAACCCCAUCCCCAACUUCCAGUGCGGCACCCUGCCUGAGACUGGACCCAACGAGAACCUCACGGAGCGCAGCCUGCAGGAUGCACAGCGGCUCUUCCUGAUGAGCGAAGCCGUGCAGCCGGUGACACCAGAGCCCUGUGUCACCCAGGACAGCGUCCGCUUCUCACAUCUCGUGGUAGACCUCGUGCAAGCUAAGGACACGCUCUACCAUGUACUCUACAUAGGCACGGAGUCAGGCACCAUCCUGAAAGCGCUGUCCACCGCCAGCCGCAACCUGCGGGGCUGCUACCUGGAGGAGCUGCACGUGCUGCCCCCUGGGCGCCUCGAACCUCUUCGGAGCCUGCGCAUCCUGCACAGUGCGCGUGCGCUCUUCGUGGGAUUGAGCGACCGGGUGUUGCGGGUUCCGCUGGAGAGGUGCCUGACCUACGGGAGUCAGGGGGCAUGCCUGGCAGCGCGGGACCCAUACUGCGGCUGGGACGGGAAACGGCAACAUUGCAGCACACUGGAGGACAGUUCCAACAUGAGCCUCUGGAUCCAGAACAUCACAGCGUGUCCUGUGCGGAACGUGACACGGGACGGGGGCUUUGGCCCGUGGUCACCAUGGAAACCGUGUGAGCACUUAGAUGGAGACAACUCGGGUUCUUGCCUGUGCCGGGCCAGAUCCUGUGACUCCCCAAGGCCCCGCUGUGGGGGCCUGGAAUGCCUGGGGCCAGCCAUCCAUAUCGCCAAUUGCUCCAGGAAUGGGGCGUGGACCACAUGGUCAUCGUGGGCACAGUGCAGCACGUCCUGUGGGAUCGGCUUCCAGGUCCGUCAGCGAACUUGCAGCAACCCCGCGCCCCGCCACGGGGGCCGCAUCUGCGUGGGCAAGAGCCGGGAGGAGCGGUUCUGUAAUGAAAAUACACCUUGCCCGGUGCCCAUCUUCUGGGCUUCCUGGGGCUCCUGGAGCAAGUGCAGUAGCAACUGUGGAGGCGGCGUGCAGUCGCGCCGUCGGGCCUGCGAGAAUGGCAACUCCUGCCCGGGCUGCGGCGUGGAGUUCAAGACGUGCAACCCCGAGGCCUGCCCAGAAGUGCGGCGCAACACACCCUGGACGCCCUGGCUGCCGGUGAACGUGACCCAGGGUGGCACACGACAGGAGCAGCGCUUCCGCUUCACGUGUCGCGCGCCGCUGCCGGACCCGCACGGCCUGCAGUUCGGCAAGAGGAGGACGGAGACCAGGACCUGCCCCGCCGACGGCAGCGGAGCCUGCGACACCGACGCCCUGGUGGAGGAUCUGCUGCGCAGCGGGAGCACGUCCCCGCACUCUCUGAGCGGUGGCUGGGCCGCCUGGGGCCCCUGGUCAUCCUGCUCCCGGGACUGCGAGCUGGGCUUCCGCGUCCGCAAGAGAACGUGUACCAACCCGGAGCCCCGCAACGGGGGACUGCCCUGCGUGGGAGACGCUGCAGAGUACCAAGACUGCAACCCGCAGGCUUGCCCAGUGCGGGGUGCCUGGUCCUGUUGGACCGCAUGGUCCCAGUGCUCAACAUCCUGCGGUGGCGGCCACUACCAACGCACCCGCUCCUGCACCAACCCCGCACCGUCCCCGGGUGAGGACGUCUGCCUCGGGCUGCACACGGAGGAGGCGCUGUGUGCCACGCAGGCCUGCCCAGAAGGCUGGUCACUGUGGUCUGAGUGGGGUGUCUGCACGGAGGAUGGGGCCCAGAGCAGGAGCCGGAGCUGUGAGGAGCUUGUCCCAGGGCCGGGUGCCUGUCCUGGCAACAGCAGCCAGAGCCGGCCCUGUCCCUACAGUGAGAUUCCUGUCAUCCUGCCUGCCUCCAGUGUGGAGGAGACCAGCAGUUGUGGAGGGUUCAGUCUCAUCCAGCUGGUAGCCACGGGUGUGUCCUGCUUCCUGGGCUCCGGGCUCUUGACCCUCGCGGUGUAUCUGUCUUGCCAGCACUGCCGGCGCCAAUCUCAGGAAUCCACGCUGGUCCAUCCUGCCACCCCUAACCACCUGCACUACAAGGGUGGAGGCACCCCCAAGAAUGAGAAGUACACCCCCAUGGAAUUCAAGACACUGAACAAGAAUAACUUGAUCCCCGACGACAGAGCCAACUUCUACCCAUUACAGCAGACCAACGUGUACACAACCACCUACUACCCCAGCCCACUGAACAAGCCCAGCUUCCGGCCAGAGGCCUCACCUGGACAGCGCUGUUUCCCCAACAGCUGAUCCCACCCUCCUGGACUUGGGCUCCAUGCCUUCCCAAGGCACAGAACAGUGGAAUGGGACAGUAGAACCAUUUUUGGUUUGCCCUCUGCCCCGGGGCUGAGAACUUGCUUGCCUGGCCUGGGAAGGGGUCCCAUCUGGCUUCAGAAAGCUCUGCCUGUCGUUGACCAUGGGAGAGAGGGCUGGCUUCAGGCUGGCACAUGGCUGCAGAUCCAGUUCAGCCCAGGUUUCAUGGUCUCCUGGGACCCAUCAUCACUUUCCCCUGCCAUGUCUGAGCUGUGGACCUACUGGGCAUGUGUGGAAAUCGGAGAGUAGAGAUGGCGGGAGAGAGGCCUCUUUGGUUUGGGUUGGAAAUGACCUCCAGUGGCCGCCACCAAGUCUGCCCCUUCUGAGUGGCCCUCCAAAAUGCCUGAGCUGCAUCCAGCUUGUCAAUGAAAGGAAUUCAUCAAAUGUCCCAGCAGCUUCAGCUCUCAGCCCAGGGCUGGACCACUCUGAUGCUGCUCCCUGAGUGUCACAGGGGACCAGUGCUGGCCUAGGUUGACCACCUCUGUCAGACAGUCUGUAUCUUGACCAGGGGCAUCCUUCUGGUUAGGGGCAGUGAGGUCUGAGACCUGGAGGCUGGGCUGUGCCGAGAGGCCCUUUGAUCUGACUCGGUACAGGCCUUAGCCUUGCCUUCAGAACACACGCAAGGUGACCCGGAAGGAAGAAAGACUCAAGACCACGGGAGGCAGAGUCUGGCCUCCAUGCCUAUGGAGACUGUUGCUGCUCAAGAGUCAUCGGCCGAGAACUGCUUGGGAGUCUGCUGGCCCCUCGUGUAUUCAGGAACACACACACACACACACACACACACACACACACACACACACACACACACACACGCCAUCUGCCACGGCAACGAAAAGGAUGUUAAGCUGUGGCAUUAUUAAUUAAAGAUGAUAUCCAGUCUCCAAAUG